GGCACUACGUUUCCGAGAUAGGAAAAUCCAACAUAUAGCGCACACACCUAAGCUCUUAUUUAUCAAUCAAUAAGCGAUAAGAUAAGCAGGUCGGCGAUAGAUAUAGAUAGAGUUCCAAUCGAACCUGUUCAAGCACCCAAAACCAAAACCCAAAAAUGUGUAGUCUUGUUCGACAGUUCGACCACAGAGGGUGCCCGAUGCCCGACACCGAUCCCAGACCUUCGCCCAACGAUGGUUUCCAGGCCAUUCCCAUUGACAGUGCCGGUGGCCAGCAGCGGGAGCUGAUCCUGCAGAGCAGCCAGAGGAGUCCCUGCUGCAAUCGAGAUCUGCGGAAUCAGCCCCAGGCAAAUGCAGUAGGAGCAGCGGCACUUAUCUUUCUGUCCGGAGGUCUUCAUAUAGCCUGGAGCAUUGGCUUUGACACCUUGUUUGCCGAACUGGAAGUUAACAAUCAUUUGCGUAUUUGCUGGUUUUUAGCCGCCAUUUUUGGGGCCCUUUUGGGUGGAUUCUUCAGUCAGAAAUAUUCAUAUAAAUUGUUAAUGCAAUUCUGCUCCCUGCUUGUCCUGAUCGGAGGAGUUGUGAUGGCUGCCAUCAAGCUAAACCUCAAUGCCUUGCUGGCUGCAAGAUAUCUGAAUGGUUUUGCCAAUGGCCUGGCCAUAGCCCCCACCCUGGCCAUGGCUGGUGAGCUCUCCGUUUUCUACAAGAGAGGAACCACCACCUCGGCGGCGGAACAGUGGCCUGUGAAUAUUGGAAUCUUUGUGCAAAUUGUGUGCAGUGCCAGCUGGGACACGGAAGGCGACUUCACGGAGGAGCAGUUCCAGGGAGCAAUCAGUGCAGUCUUAGGUGUCCUGGCUUUGGUCAUGUCCACUCUGCUCUCCAUCGAGUCACCGGUGGAUCUGCUGGAGCAGGGCGAUGAGCAGGCAGCCAUCGAGGCGCUGAGCCGGCUGCAGAGACCCCGGGCAGUGACGGCGGAGACGUACGACCAGGUGAGCGAUCAUCGCACCUACCUGGCCCACCAUAGAUCUCUGAGCUGGCGAAAGGCCUGCCCGGCCUUCUUCCGGCUGGCGGCACUGCGAGCCAUGAACGCGAUGAGCUGCAGCAUGCUGGUGGCCUACACUCUGAUUAUCACCAGCAACAUGGUCUACAGGGAUAACUCAGGACCAUAUGUCCUCUUCGGUUUCCUGCGACUCAUGGGCAGUUUUAGCUGUGCUUUUGCCCUGGACUCACUGGGCAGAAAAAUACCCUUGCUCCUGGGGCUGGUAAUCUGUGGAGGCCUGUCCUUCGGCCUGGCCAGCAGGUUUGCUGGUGCCAAGCUGCUUCGCUUCGGGGACAUGCGGAUGGCCCUGUGGCUCCUGCUCAUCUUCCAGUUGUUUGCGGGCAUAGGAUUUGCCCCCAGCUCGGCGUAUCUUUCGGAGGCCUUUCCCCGCCGCUUCAAGAGGCAGUGCAUAGCCCUGGCCUAUGUCCUGGAGAUGAUUGUCCAGGUGAUGAUCCUCCAAGUCGAUCUCAGCGCCACAGCCGUGGGCAGCGACUGUGUGGAGAUGUUCUUCUUUACCAUGGGAAGUCUCCUGCUGGCCAGCUUCCUGGGCAGCGUCUGGUUUAUGCCAGAGACCAAGGACACUACGCUGUUGCAGGCGCAGUUUCGGUUUCAGGAGUUUGUGAUCCCGCCAUCCUAAAAGUAGGCCACAACAAACAAGACUAGCCCCUAGAUAUAGCUAGGGAAUAAAUCGGAAAUCUUUAUAGGGAGCAGUGCUGCGUGUUUGCCGUUGUCUUAUCGCCGGAGAAGUGACUGUCGAGAUUUGAAUUCUCUCGCGAUUGUGCGGAUCAGCAUGAGGAGCAAUUAGACUUCGGGGAACACCAGGGAUAUAUAGAGGUAUAUAUAGAGGUAUAUAUAUAGUGAUUAAAUGGUAAAAGUUAUAUGGCCAAAGACCAAUCAAGUCGGUUCCCAUACAACUACGAUAAGAUAUACUCGAGAGAUCAUAAAUGUUUGAUGGACUUUAUAUAGUAAAGAAAAAGUAUUUUAAAAUGGGAACUACUACCUCGGGGUGGUUCUGGCUAUAAAACUGAGUGAUUAGCUUAUAAAUAACUAAAGCUUAUUAAUGUAUAAAAUUAUUUUAAAUUUUAUAUUUAGUCUAUAAAAGAUAUAAAGACUUAAUUCAUGACUGCAAAAAUUGAGGGAAUAUUAAAAAAAUAUAAACUUUAUAAGAAAAUUAAGAUAUUAAUAUGAAAUAAA